GUUACUAGAACAAAGCCAUAUCGCUUUGAGAUAAGACUUGGCACUUGAAUGAAAUUCAUGAUAGGUACAUCCAUGUCUCCCUCAAUAUUAUUCUACUUUCCUGCAGACUUCAUCAGAUGUAGAUUGGCGCCACAGAAGCAAGUUUUUCUCUAAAGAGAAGAUGGGAAACAAUUAAUUCCCAAUUCAAUUGAAGUGGUUCAUGGAACUUAUUAAGAGAAUGGUUUCAAGUACUUGAUCCCAGAUAUCAACUAGAAAUUAUAGAAAUUCUCACCAUUUUGAUUUCUUUUGUGCUUUCUUUAUUGAUUUAAAAAAAUGUGGAUCUUGAAUUUGCAAACCUGAUCAUUCUUAAGUGUAUGAAUCAGGGUCGGUGGCACCAUUCCGAAUCGGACAGUCUGUACUUAUGGCUCACCGAUAUGGUUCCGGCAACGAAAACGAAACCUGUUGCCGGAGCCGGAGGAGAAAGAAAGAGAGCGAGCGGGGGACGAAGGGAGAGGGCGGGGGCCAUUGGAGGGCAGGCGGAGGCCGCGGGAAGCAAGACCGCGGCUGGUCUCUGCCGGCGUUCGCCACCCUUCACCAGCCUCCUUCCCUCUCCCCAUUCUCUCUCUCUUUUUCUCUCUCCCACAGUCUGCAUGCUGUCUUCAUCAAGAUAGGCCUGACAUUGCCCACACGUGCAACCAGAGAACCGAUACGGUGCCCGGUACCGGUUUCGCCGACCUUAGUAUGAAUGUUGGAUACAAGUGGGUGCUAAUGGAGGAGGGAAAGAAAACAAAGCAUGAGAGGAUGAUAGUAGAAGCUUUGACAGGAGAUGUGGUAGUCAUUUAGCCGAAAAAAUCUGAUGGAAGAAUAGGUGCAAAUAAUGGUUGAAGCUAGUUGAAGUUUCAAGUGGCAUAUUUACUUUUUCAGAAAAAGAGAUCCUUUUGGGAUUCAACUAGAAAUUUUUGAAGAAUAUUGCUGAAAUUUACAAUAUUGGGAUAUCUUGGAGGUUUCCAAUUUGGAACCCAACCUUUCCAAGCAACAUAAGCUGAGAUCUCAGUCAUCUCAGUCUCAGCUCAGUUUUGGCCAUGCACCGAGAUGGCUGAGAUUAACAAUUUUAAAAACCUUGAUUUUGGGAGAGGUGAUCACAAGUGUGCUACAAUUAUGCAGUACAUAUAGUUUUUCUCUCCUUUGUCGAUUAUUUAGGAGCGUAGUGAGACAUGCAAGUGCAGUUCCGAAAACUGAAGAUGAGACAUGCAAGUUCCCUUUUGAAGAGUGGAAUAUUUGAAACUAAUUGAUAAUCCAAGUGUGUUUAUUGGGAUAGAGCAUGGAAGAAAUAAUAUUAGUUAAAGAUGAAUAUGAGAGAGGUGGUCAAAUAGAUUGAACAUGUUUUUUUUAAUAUUGACAAUAAUAUGCUGUCAGAAUAUUUUCUUUGAAGUUCAUCUUGCAUGCGGCCUCACUAGAUUGUUUAUGCCCAAUAUCCUUUAGCGAAGUGAUUGACCGAUUAAUUGUUCUGCCUCUUUAGAUGCUUGGCGAAGGUCUGUAUCCCCUUGUGGAGCAACUGGAACAUGAUUAUGCAGCCAAAGUGACAGGGAUGCUUCUGGAGAUGGACCAGAGAGUCCUGCAUUUGUUGGAGUCUCCUCAGGCUCUGAAAGCAAAAGUUGCUGAAGCCUUGGAGGUACUGAGGAAUGUUGCUCAGCGGCAGCAGCAGCCCAAUGCACCUACUGAUCAGUUGGCUGCAGAGGAAGAAGAG